AUGGUAGGUCUUACCUGGCAACCCAUUGGCGACUACGAGCACGGACAGCAAGCCCAGAUUCUCGGUCGAGGACGAAAGGUCAACACUGAUUGGGUCAAGGACGGGUAUACACUCGGCAAUCACCGAAUGCCAGGACCACUUCAAGUUAUUCGGUUCGUCGAUGGCGACCCGGUACUAUUUGUCACACUCGCCAACUUCCUGAUUUGGGGGGGAGCCUUCGCUUUGCCUUCCCGCGCGGAUCAAACUGCGAAUGGUACACUAGGCCAUCUAUCUUCCUACUCAGAGUUUACUUCUCAAGCUACCUGGACUUGCUCAUCGGAGGAACGGCAUCAGCUGAUGUACUUCUUCAACGUACCGCAAGACGCGUCGGACGAGUGGCGCAUGCUUUUCGAAAAUCUAGACGCCGAUAUGUGUAGUGACGAGUACCUGCUGGGUCGUCCCAAGGAGCUCGUCAGGAAGCAAAAGCUCGACCAGAUGGCAACUUGCUCCAUUACCAACGAUUUUGACGCCGUCCUAUCCGCGGAAGCUAUAAGAGAGAGGAGUUGGGCGCAGGGCAACGAAUACUUCAGGCAAGGCAUGGUAGGUAGAGCUCAAGUGAUGUACCUGGCUGCCCUGGCCUUUGCACCGCUGCCGCUUGUCAUGUUAAAUCUAGCCGCGGUCAUGCUCAAACAGAAAAUGCUGGGCGUCACAUUUCCCGGAAACUAUACAAGCGGCUUACUUCAUAGGGACGAAACCAAGACCAAAGCAUAUUACCGACGUGCUGUCGCUCGUCGACUACUGAGCCACGAAGGGAAACAUCUGCGACAGGCUCUAGAAGAUAUCACUAACGCACUUAUCCUCAGUCUCGCAGACGCUCAGAUAGCGGAAGAGAAACGGAGGAUCGAAGGAAUGCUUACUCAACCGUUGCCGCAGCUCAAACGUAUGAUUGAGCAACAAUGUUACGCACUUGGCACGUUUAACAUUGCCAACUAUGCUACGGACGACGAUAUAAACAUCACAGCGAGGGAGUCUCGGGUCAACUGCACUAGAAAGUACGGUCCAGAUUUUGACCACCGAACUACGCUUCCCCCGGGGUGGAAAUACUAA